UUCAUAAUAACGGAAUUAUUUAAACACAUAAACAAAUUAAAUUUUCCUGUUCAGCUCUGUUACACAAAAAUUGUUUUAAUUUAUAUCUGUCAGAUAAAUUCUUACUUGUUUUAACCGUAAGAAAGCUAUUCUUGUAUUCUUGUGAAAGCUAUAGAGUAUAGAAGGCCCAUUUUAACAUCAUAAAUCUCCCACAAGAUAAACUUUUUCCAAAUUAAGAUAUUUUUAUCAAUAUUGACUUUUCCACUUAAUAUCAAUCAAUACUCAAUUUGCAUCACAGCUGACAGAUAUGCUGUCAAGUAUAUAUAUAUUAUACCUUAAUUGCUCAGAACAUUUUUAACCUAAAUUUUUAAUUAAUUGAGAACACAUUCGGGACUUAAUUUUUUUUUCGAAAUUUUGAUUUGUUUUUGAGAUAUUUAUUAAUUUCAAAAUAUCAAAUUUUAUGUUAAAAAAUAAUUUAGUAAUAAAUGGAACCUGAAGAAUUUCGUAAACAAGAAGGAUGGUCGAUCAGACCUUGUUUUCUUUACAAAGAGGAAUAUGAAGAGUGCACAAGCAUCAAAGGACGAUUUCAUCAAUAUUUCAUUCAUGGGGAAUCAAUUGACUGUUCCCAAUGGAAAAAAGACUACGAAAAUUGUCUAAAGUAUGAAAACUCGGACGGUACUGAUAUACAAGCAGGAAAAGCUGUAACAGAAAGUGAAUCGGCAAGAAGAGCUGUAAGACUGCAGUCACAUUACGCAAAUGACAUUUGGAAAAAGCGAACGUCUCCCCCACAGGAUUGGAAUAAAAAGUUGCCGGAGUGGUUGGAAAAGAAAAAUGAAAAUACAUUUUUGGAAUUAAAAUCAAAGGAAUUAAAGGGGGAGAUACCAAAAAUUGAAGACAACACUUAUUUUUGUAACAUCAUGUGAUUACUAAAAGAAAUGAUUACUAAUAGAUGUAACUAAUAGAAAUGUGUUAAAUCUUUUAUUACAAUUCAGAUAUAAAAAUUGCUUGUUAUAA